GUGUGCGCGUCCCUGUUGUAAAACACAGCAACGCCAGCCAUCUGCGUCGAGAGGGCACACUGCACUCAGCGCGCAAUUACGCGGACUCCUAACUGGCACGGCGGCCAGACAGCAACAAAAAAAAAACAACAAACAAAAAACGAGAGAUUUUUCCCGCUAUUAAACGAAGUGCAAAUGGACUUUAAAUCGCGCCGUUCGGAUCAUUUUCACAACUUGUUUUGAGCACUUCAAUGCAGUUUGCUGCACAACAGCUGUGCCUGUUGUGAUUGCUCCGCAUGUGCUCUGAGCACAUCGCCGUUUAAAUAAACAGACUUUUUUUUUCUAUUUAGAUAGCUUUCCUUCUUCUCUAAAAUUGGCUCCCGUACAAACAGCCGCGUUGGAUCCCUCGGCUUACUGCGAGACUCCGGUCUAUAACCCGGAUCUCUGCCCUAAUAUGAUAGCCGCCCAGGCCAAGUUGGUGUAUCACCUCAACAAAUACUACAACGAGAAAUGUCAGUCUCGGAAGGCGGCCAUCUCCAAGACCAUCCGGGAGGUGUGCAAGGUGGUGUCGGACGUGCUGAAGGAGGUGGAGGUGCAGGAGCCGCGCUUCAUCAGCUCCCUCAGCGAGAUGGAUAACCGCUUCGAGGGACUGGAGGUCAUCUCUCCCACCGAGUUCGAGGUCGUCCUGUAUCUAAACCAGAUGGGAGUGUUCAACUUCGUGGACGACGGCUCUCUGCCGGGCUGCGCCGUCCUCAAGCUCAGCGACGGCCGCAAGAGGAGCAUGUCUCUGUGGGUCGAGUUCAUCACCGCCUCCGGCUACCUCUCCGCGCGCAAGAUCCGAUCGAGGUUUCAGACGCUGGUGGCGCAGGCCGUGGAUAAAUGCAGCUACAGAGACGUGGUGAAAAUGGUGGCCGACACGAGCGAGGUGAAGCUGCGCAUCAGAGACAGGUACGUCGUGCAAAUCACGCCCGCUUUCAAGUGCACGGGCAUCUGGCCGCGGAGCGCCGCGCACUGGCCCCUGCCGCACAUACCCUGGCCGGGGCCCAACCGGGUUGCAGAAGUCAAGGCGGAGGGUUUCAAUCUGUUAUCCAAAGAGUGCUACUCCCUGAACGGCAAGCAGAGCUCGGCGGAGAGCGACGCCUGGGUGUUGCAGUUCGCCGAGGCGGAGAACCGGCUCCUGCUGGGCGGGUGCAGGAAGAAAUGCCUGUCGGUCCUCAAAGCGUUGCGGGACCGCCACCUGGAGCUGCCGGGACAGCCCCUGAACAACUACCACAUGAAAACUUUGGUUUCCUACGAGUGUGAGAAACAUCCCCGGGAGUCGGACUGGGACGAGAACUGCCUGGGCGACCGCCUGAACGGGAUACUAUUGCAGCUUAUUUCGUGUUUGCAGUGCCGGAGGUGCCCGCAUUAUUUUCUGCCCAAUUUAGACCUGUUCCAAGGAAAGCCGCACUCCGCUCUGGAGAACGCAGCCAAACAGACUUGGCGACUGGCAAGAGAAAUACUGACCAACCCCAAAAGCUUGGAGAAACUCUGAGGUAACACUAAAGCAAAAACAAACAAAAAAAAUAUGUUGAUUUACUUCCUUUUAAAAAAAAUGUUAAAGAGGUCUAAAGAGCUCAUAAACGGACAGAGAAAAUUUGCCAAACAGUUGUUGUGAAACGUGACUGUCCUCUGUUGUUGAAAUGUUUUGGCCUAGCCUGUUUCAGUACUGUCCUUCUUUUCUAACGGUAUCAUUUGUAAUUAUUCCAAUUCCUCUUUGGAGGCAAGUUUAAAUUAUUGUCAACAGGUAACACGGAAGGCCACAUGAGUUUUUUUUUCUUCUUUUUUUCCGCACCACACUGCUGACAAUAUCCAAGAUUUCCUUAAAUGCUUUAGAAUAAAGCCCCCUAACAAACUGAAUAACUAAAAAAAACACACACACAUCUGUACAUUUUAUUAUACUGUAAAUACAUUCAUAGAUUGUGAAUCAAGUGGUCUGAAAUUGUGAAUGUUGUUCUGUGACAAUAGGAUCCACCUGUUUAAAUCUGAACUUUUUUUUCCUUUAUCUGCUAGAAUUUUUUUUAAUUAUUAUUUAUUCUUGCAUCCGUGGUAGUCUGACUCACCUGUUUCAGUGAACAAUUUCUAUUUUUUUUUUUUUUAAAAAGAGUUUACAUUUUGAUGGUAAACGACAUUUGUUACAUCUAAAACAUUCCAUCAGUUUACUUGAAUGAUUAUUUAAAAGUACUCGAGUUGUUUUUCCUUCAUCAUUCUUAUAGGCCAACGUGUUUAAAAAAAGAGAAAAAAGAGAAAAGGACAGCCUAUAUAUAGUAUAUACAUAUAUAUUACAGUUUAAUUAAAAAAAAUGCACUUGAAAUACACUGGAUUAUAACAUCUGUGAUUUGUUUUUUUAUUAUUAUUUCUGUCUUUGAUCUAAUUUAAAGAGUUAAUAAAACGAGCUGUUUUAUAUA